AUAGGUAUUUCGAAAAAUAAACAAAUAAAGACAAUACAAAAUAAGCAGCUCUUGUCAAUCAACAAAAUUCACUUCAAAUAAAUUAUUUAAUCGAAUGAAAUAAAGGUAAAAAUAUAUAACAGAGUUGAAAAGGAUAAGUAAAAACAGUCUUUGAAACAUUGAAGAAUUGAACUUAUAAACGACAGCAACAUGUAGCUGUUUCUUGUUGACAUUCAUAAUAUUUAUCUUAAUGAGCAGAGCAUGGAAACAUGUGAUUUGGGUUUAAGAAACUUGUGCUUCAAGAGGAAACUUGUUAAUGGGAUAGCCUUGAAGGUUUAGAUUGUGUGACUAUAUCUUGAAGUGCUUAAUUCUACAAGUUUUCCCAAACUUACUUCCAACAGUUCAAUUGCAUUCCAAGAUUCCCUUUGCUUCUAUAACUGAAACACCAACCUCACAACCUUUUAUAUAUGAAAUAUGACAUUGGUAAUGUUGGUGACAUACUAGUAGGAUCCCUUACAAAGGUUAAAGCAAGUUGGUAGUAUUUUUCUCUCUCAUUUUCUCCUUGUGAAACAUUUGAAGGAUAUUGCAAUGGACAAAAAGCCUGAGCUCAUCCAUGGAACAAUUGAAGCUACCAUCUUCAAUGCAACUCCUUACUCCCCUUCAUUUCCAUUCAAUUGUUUAUUUAUUAAUGGAAAGCCUGCUUAUGUGACCAUCAAGAUAGACAACAAGAAGGUGGCAAAAACAACACAAGAAAGUGAACGUGUUUGGAACCAAACAUUUCAGAUUCAUUGUGCUCAUCUAGCUGAUUCAGCUAUCACCAUUACACUGAAAACAUCAUGUUCCAUAUUAGGAAAACUCCACAUCAAGGCACAACAGUUGAAAGAAGAGAGUUUGAUCAAUGGAUUCUUCCCUCUCCUCAUGGAAAAUGGUAAACAAAUUCCGGAACUAAAAUUAAGGUUUAUGUUAUGGUUCAAGCCAGCAAAUUCAGAACCAAGUUGGUCAAAAGUACUUAGUAGUGAGGAGUUUCACGGGAUGAGGGAUGCUACAUUCCCACAAAGGUCUAAUUGUCAUGUUAAGCUCUACCAUGAUGCUCACCACUCAUCUACUUUCCAACCUCCUUUUGAUAUAUGUGGAGUUCCAACAAAGCUAUGGGAAGAUGUUUAUAAAGCUAUUGAGGGUGCAAAAUAUUUAGUAUAUAUUGCAGGCUGGUCUUUCAAUCCUAACAUGGUUCUGGUUAGAGAUCCUCAAACAGAAAUCCCACAUGCUAGAGAAACAAAGUUGGGUGAGCUAUUGAAGAAGAAAGCAGAAGAAGGAGUAGCUGUGAGAAUUAUGAUUUGGGAUGAUGAAACAUCAUUGCCUUUUAUCAAGAACAAAGGUGUAAUGAACACACAUGAUGAGGAUGCUUUUGCUUACUUCAAACACACAAAAGUAGUAUGCAGAAAGUGUCCAAGAUUACAUCACAAAUUCCCAACAAUAUUUGCUCAUCAUCAGAAGACAGUGACUGUGGACAGCAAAACUCCUAACUCUGUCAAUGACAGAGAAAUUAUGAGCUUUUUAGGUGGUUUAGAUGUGUGUGAUGGUCGAUACGAUACCGAGAAACAUUCAUUGUUUCAAACACUUACUGAGGAAUCACAUUACCAUGAUUUCUACCAAACAAAUAUUGCAGGAGCUAGCCUCAACAAAGGAGGUCCUAGAGUGCCAUGGCAUGAUGCUCAUGCUUGUGUUACCGGCAAGGUUGCUUGGGAUGUUUUAACCAAUUUUGAACAAAGAUGGACAAAACAAUGUGACUCAUCUCUUCUUGUCCCUGCAAACACCUUAGAAAAUCUCAUUCCUAUUUGCUCAACAAAUCCUUCCACCGAAAGGAAUUGGAAAGUACAAGUAUAUCGGUCGAUUGACCAUGUCUCAGCUAGCCAACUGUUUAGAAAGCUAACUGUUGAGAGUAGCAUUCAUGAAGCUUAUGUCGAAGCAAUUAGACGAGCUGAUAGGUUUGUGUACAUUGAAAACCAGUAUUUCAUUGGAGGGUGUCAUUUGUGGCAGAAAGAUAACAACAGUGGCUGCAGAAAUUUGAUACCUAUUGAGAUUGCACUCAAGGUGGUCAGCAAGAUUAAAGCAAGAGAAAGGUUUGCAGUGUACAUAGUCAUACCAAUGUGGCCAGAAGGAGUACCUGAAAGUGAACCAGUUCAAGAUAUACUACAUUGGACUAGAGAAACAAUGACAAUGAUGUAUAAGUUGAUCGGAGAAGCAAUAAUAGAAAGUGGAGAACCAGAACAUCCAAGAGACUACUUGAAUUUCUUUUGCCUUGCAAAUAGGGAAAAAAAGGAAAAUGAAGAGUAUCAUCCUCCACAUUCUCCUCAUAUUGAAACUCAAUAUUGGAAUGCACAGAAAAAUAGAAGAUUUAUGGUUUAUGUUCACUCCAAGCUCAUGAUAGUGGACGACCUAUACAUAUUAAUAGGAUCAGCAAAUGUGAACCAAAGAUCGAUGGACGGACAAAGGGACACCGAGAUUGCAAUAGGAGGCUACCAGUCUCAAGAUGGAGUUGAUCACUGCAUGAGUCAAGGUGAUAUUCAUGCAUACAGAAUGUCACUAUGGUAUGAGCACACUGGUAGUGCUGAGAAGUUGUUCCUAGAGCCAGAAAGUUUGGAAUGUGUGCAGAGAGUGUGCUCAAUAGGAGACAAAAUGUGGAAAAUUUACAGUAGUAAAGAAAUAGUGGACAUGGAAGGUGUGCACCUUGUAACUUAUCCUGUGAUAGUAACACAAGAUGGAUCUGUUGAGGACCUAACUAAUGGUGAGGAUCAUUUUCCUGAUACAAAAUCUCUAGUGAAGGGAAGAAGAUCAAAAUUAUUACCACCUAUCAUUACGACUUAGCCAUAGAAUUGAAAUAUGUACAAACCAAAGAAAGUAUUAGCCAUUCUUUUGACAAAUGUUGUUACUGUUUAUUAUCAAGCUCAAACCAAAAACAAUUAUUCACA